UCAACUCUAAAUGGAGCUCGGGCUUUGAUGAGCGGGUGCUUUGAAGGAAAGAAACACAAGAUCUGUAAGCUUUUAAACAACUAGAUCUAGAUCUACCUAUGGUUUCUUGAUUCUUCAUUCAUGGAACUUCCAGCAGCCUCAGGAGGAGAGAGCAUCAAGGUGUUUGUUCGUGUUCGACCUCCCGAUCCACAUCUUGAGUCCGAGCUCGAUCACAGCGCUUGCCUGGACAUUACUUCUCAGGUCUCCAUCACUGUCCACUGUAAGCCCGAGGCAAAAGUUUUCACAUUUGACCAUGUCGCUGGCAUGGAAACCACCCAGGAGGAUGUGUUCUCUUCUGUGGGUCGACCGAUUAUUGACAGUUGUAUGAGAGGCUACAACGGCACAGUUUUUGCCUACGGCCAAACGGGUUCAGGCAAAACUUUUACUAUGAUAGGUCCCUCUGAUGACUCCAACAACUUCACUCACGAGCUAAGAGGCAUAAUCCCCCGCAGCUUUGAGUACCUCUUCAGUCUCAUCAAUAGAGAGAAACAGAAGUGUGGUGAUCUGGUGGAAUUCCUGUGCAAAUGUUCGUUCCUUGAAAUCUACAAUGAGCAAGUGUUUGACCUUAUUGACGCAGCCUCGUGUGGACUGCACCUGCGAGAGAACAUGAAGCACGGUGUGUACGUGGACGGACUCUUAGAGACGAGUGUGUCCUCUGCAAGGGAGGCGUAUGAGGUGCUAUCAAUGGGUUGGGCCAACAGACGGGUGGCUGCCACCUCCAUGAACAGGGAGAGUAGUCGCUCUCAUGCUGUAUUCACACUCACUAUUGAGUCCAAGAAGAAGGAGUGCAGAGACAGUGUGGCUAAGCUGAAGAGCUCAGUCCUAAACUUAGUGGACUUGGCUGGGUCAGAGAGACAGAGAGACACUCACACUGCCGGAGUCAGGCUCAAGGAGGCGGGCAGCAUUAACAAGUCAUUGUCGGCACUCGGGAAUGUGAUCAUGGCUUUGGUGGAUAUAGCCAAUGGGAAGUCAAGACAUGUUCACUACAGAGACUCAAAGCUCACCUUCCUUCUCAGAGACUCUCUGGGAGGUAAUGCUAAGACAAACCUGGUCGCCAACGUCCACCCGAGUGCCCGGUGCUUUGGAGAAAGUUUGUCAACUCUUAAUUUUGCCCGUCGGACCAAAAUGAUCAAGAACAAAGCUGUAGUGAACGAGGACACCACUGGCAAUGUCUUGCAGCUGCAGGCUGAGAUCAGGAGACUGAAGGAACAACUUGAGAAGUUCAGAGCUGGCAAUGUGGAGCCCCCCCUCUCCCCUGAGCCGUACAUUGGGGGGUCCGAUGACGAGAAAGCCAUUCAAGAGCUAAGGGGAAUGCUCGCUGCCUCCAUGAGCACUAGGGACAAGGCUGAGAAAGACAGAAUGGCCUUACUGGAUCGAGUUGAGAGCUUGCAAAAGAUGUGCAAGCAGAAGGACAACUUCCUGCAGUCCACGAAAAUGAUCCUUAAGUUCAGAGAGACCCAUAUUGCCAAUCUAGAGAAGAACACCGACUCUGAGCCGACAGAGACUGACCAAGGGAAUGCCAUCGGCCUGCUCAAACAGGAGAUAGAACAACUCAAAUACAUGGUGAAUCACCAUCCCGACGUCUCCAAGUUUGCUAGAGAGACUCUCAACCUCAAGGCGGAGGUAAAGAGACUGAAAGGAGUGUCUUCUGGAGGGCAGGACCUCUCCAAAGAAGUGGCCAGGACUCACAAGUACACACUACAGCUAGAACGUCAGCUCAGACACUUUCUAACAAAAGAUGGUGGUACCUCAUCUCCCCUGAGCAAGCGUGGCUCCUCACGACAGUCUGAGGCAACUAUAUUAGAGUUGGAGAACCUCAAGGCUCGUUGCAAACAACUGGCUGCUGAGCUGGACAAGGCCAGGAAGACUAUGCACACUGAGAGAGAAGAGUUCCAUUUAAAGGAGACCAAACUGGAGGCCAGUCUCACUGCCUCUAGGAAAGCAAACCUCGAGUUGGAGAGGAGCAUUGAAGCACUCAAGCUGAAGAACAGUGUGGAGAAAGCCACUCUCAAUGACAUGCACAUGAACACAAUAAAGUCCAUGCUAACACCUCGACGAGAUCUGAUCCAACCCAGCAAGUCCAUAUCCAGUACACCCUACUCUAAGAUUCAGCGUGCCGACUCAGAUCCCAUUCGACGGCUAUCCCUCAGUUUCAAUGGAGCUGUGACCACACCCACUAAACCACCCACUAUUUUUGAGAACCCUGGAAACGUAGAGGUCAGCUCACUUGUAACAACAGCUAAAAUGGGGCUACAAAGGACACCGAGGGUUAAAAGUGAAGAGGAGAAUGAACAUGUUAAUGACAUGAUUAGUUUAGCCACACCUACUGAAGUGGCAGAUGAAGGAAAUGAGAUGAAUAUUGAGGGUGCUCUCACAGAUGAGCUCAAAAUACUGCAGGACAAGAAUAGACACCUGUAUCGGCAAAUAGAGGAUCUUGAAACUAAAGUGCUGCAUUUGGGUCAAGACAGGGCAGCCCUUAAAACGCAGUUACAAGAGCUUACACAGUUAGAUCAGUCUGAGCGUCAGUUACUGCAGAACCGAGAGCAGGAAUGCUUGGAGAAGAUCUCUGCCUUGUCCUCUCAAAUAGCCACUCUCACAAGCUGCAACACUGUUCUAGACAGUGAAGUUGUUGACCUGAGGGUGUGUCUGCAAUCAGCUGACAAAGAGCUAGCGGAGGUCAAGGCAGAUCUCAAGGGGGAGAGACACAGGCAUCAAACUAAGAUCAUGGAGCACAUGCAAACAAUAGGAAAACUGGAGCAACUAGUCUCCACACAGACAGCUGGCUGGGACAGGAGCACAGAACAACUCCAAAAUUUGCAGGAUGAGGUGGAGACACUUCGCGAGGAGCUGACGUUCAAAGAUCAUCACGUAUCAGAACUGAGUAGUGCUGUGGGUAGGGAAAAGGAGCAAGGGACGGCUCUAGAAAAAGAGGUGCAAGGACUGUUGGAGAAACUUGCCAUUGAAGUAGAAAAGAAUACCAGCCUCAGCUCUGAGUUACAAGAGGGCAGUCAGGGAAAGAAGCAAUUAGUCGCGAUGGUGAACGAAAACAGCCGGCUCAAGUCGGACGUGGAGCAGCUUGAGGGUGAACUGCGAUCACAGCUGACUCUUCACAAGCAAGAGUUAGAGGAGAUAGAGAGGACUAUCACCUCACUUCUGACCAGGCAGGGGUCUGAUGAGGUGGCCAUUGCUGGCCUCAUGGGAACCAUUCAGGAACUGAGAGAGGAGUCCAAUAAGAGCAAUGCCCGGGCUACCACUCUUAGUAAAGAGGUAGAGGACUCCAACAAUGAACUGAGUGCAGCUGCUGCAAAGAUUGAUCAGCUCACUUCUGAGGCGUUUACAGUCAAGUCAGAAUUAACGGAACAAGUGUCUAAGUUUGAGAGGGACCUCAAGCGGACUGAGACGGAGAAGGAGGUGAUCCUUGAUGAUCUAGACGGCCUCCAUGAGCAAUACCAGCAGCUCCAAGAGGGGUAUGAUGCUCAGACCAGGGUGAUAGGUGAAGUUCGUGCAGAAGUUGAGAGACUAACUGUUGAGCUGGUAAAUAAGGAGACACAGCUGGCAGCACUGCACAGCCAUCAGAGGGAGAGGAGGGAGUCACUCUCUAGGCUGAAGCAGUGUUUGGAUCAAGCUGCGGACAUGAUCAGCAAGUACGAGGCCAGUCAAGAUGACAAGAAUAAAGAAUUACAAUCAGUAAAGGAGGAGCUGUCAUCAAGGAUGCAUUUACAAGAGGAAAACAGCACCCUUGAGUCUCUUGUCACCUCUCUCCAGUACAAGCUCUCACUCGCAGAGGAACAGCUCCACAGCACUCAGAGUGAACUUCAGAAACAACUAGAAGAAACACUCACUCGGAUCAAUGCGCUCGAGGCAGACUCAAAGCUGGCAGCUCAAGAGCGAGACAAGGCUAAGUAUGAGAGUGAGGAUCUGAGGGAGAAAUGUCAGGGACAAACUAAGACCAUUGAUGCCUUAACUCAACAGAUGGCAAGAUAUAAAUCUCACGAGGAAUCUCUCUUCCUGGAAAAGGAGAACCUUCGAUCACAACUAGAAACCAUACAAGAAGAGCGAUCUAAACUAUCUAAGGAAUGUGAAAAGCUUGCUAAGGAAAAUGCUGUGAUUUCUGGCCACCAAAAUAUCAGACAAAAAAUCCAAUAUCAUGCCACUGUGAAGAUAGAGAACAAUAAGCUCAGAGAAGAGGUGGUCCAGCUGCGUGGCCGUUUGAAGCAGAAAAAUGAGCAAGUUUCUCAGUUGCAUCAGCUAUUGACUGAGAAGGAGCUACAGCCAGCUAGCCACUCAGGAAAGUCUAGCCCACCUGUUCAGAGCACUCGUAGCUAUUCUGACACUCUAGCCAAAGAAAAUUUACUUCCUAAGCGUAGCUAAGUUUAUUCCAUGUGAUUUUUAUGUGUUUGAUGAGCCUUAAAUAAUAUAUUAUAUAUAUCACUUCACACCAUUUUAUUCCAAUGAUGAUCGGUCCCUUCAAAA